CCGCUUCGGACUGGGCAGGCUUCCCAAGUGGGGGAGAAAAGGGGUAAAACAAUUUCAAGAUGGCGGUGGCUGAGGCGCGGAUAACAAUGGGAAACGGGAGGUUUGGGUGGCUCUGGGCCUGAGCUAGCUUGGGGCAGGGGAUUGAUAUCGCCGGGCCUGCAUCGGGAAGGCGGGCUCGGUGGGGUCGGGCGGCAGUGGGGCGCCCACGCCUGGGAAAGGUAGUGGUGACGGCAGAAGAAGAGGGAGAAUUGGGCUCCGAAGUGCCCGGUGUCCCUCGCCACCAGCUAUGGCGGAGUGAAGAGCCGGCUGCUCCCGGUGCUCUGCUUUUUUCCGCUCGCGGCUCAUGGUUCUGCCCCCUUGCCCCAUGGCGGAGUUCGUGGUGUCGCAGCACAGCGCGGUGAUGGAGCGGCUCCGUCGGCGCAUCGAGCUUUGCCGGCGACAUCACAGUGCCUGCGAGUCCCGCUACCAGGCCGUGUCCCCGGAGCGCCUGGACCUGGAGCGCCAGCAGACCUUCGCCCUUCACCAACGCUGCUUGCAGGCUAAGGCCAAGCGAGCGGGGAAGCACCGCCAGCCGCCCCUUCCUCCCCCCACUGCGCCACCUCCGACGACUCCUUCGCAUCCGCCUUCCUCUGCUCAGGCCCCGGGGGCCGGGGGCUCUGCGUCUACCUCCACUUCUUCCGACAGGCCUGGAGUCAAUGGCCUGGAUGGUGACACCGCGGGCGGUGAACAGCAACAGCACGGUCGUAGCAGCGCUCUCAUCGCGCAGCUCCAUGAAACUGUAAAAAGGAAACUUGAUAAUUCUGUUUCACCUCAAAAUGGCGACCAGCCAAAUGGCUUUGGAGACAUAUUUCCUGUGCCCAAGAAAUUAUGUCAUGAUGGUGGUCUUGGUGGGUUGAGUGGCUCCUCCAAUGGAAUACCUCCUGUUUCCCCUCUACAUCAGCCUGACAGCAAACCUUCCAGUGGAGAAAAUUUACAGCUUAAUGGAAAACAUUCCAUAAGCCUAGAAGGAAUGAGCAAAAAAGAUCUGCCAGAUUCUAGCCUUCAGUUGAAUGGAAGCAGUGAUGCUGAUGACUCAUUUGCUAUGGUUAUUAACAAAGAACUCAAACAAGAACCAGAUGAUCUCCCUUGUAUGAUUACGGGACCAGGAAGUUCGAUAUCGCAAAACAAUUUGAUGUCUGAUCUUAACCUUAAUGACCAAGAGUGGGAGGAACUAAUGAAUGAACUAAACAGGUCAAUGCCUGAUGAGGAUAUGAAAGACCUAUUUACCGAAGACUUUGAGGAAAAGAAAGAUGUUGAUCCUUCAAAUUCAACUGCACAAACUCCUUUACCACAAGAUAUUAUUAUAAAGACUGAAUUUUCCCCGGCAGACUAUGAACAGGAACAGAUAGGCUCUCCACAAGUCAGAUCUACCUCUACUGGCACAUUUAUUGGUACAUCUUCUGUCCCUGUUAGUGCUGCUUCUCCAGCAGUUAGUAAUUCUCAGACAAUGUUUCAGCCUUCAAAUCAGUCCAUGUCUGAAAAUCCCAACCAGUCAAUAAUGCAACCAGCAAGCCAGGCCCAAAAUGUUCAGAGGCCUCUAUCUAAUUCAUUGUUAUCUGGACAAACUACAGGGAGUGCCAAAGAGAUGUCAUCUGCUAAACAGCUACAGCAAAUAGCUGCUAAGCAAAAGAGAGAUCAAUUGUUGCAGAACCAACAGCAGGUCCAUCCAUCCAAUCAAAUGUCUAGCUGGCAACAAUCGGGACCUUCUCACAGUCCAUUGGCUGUCCCAUUCACUAUGGAAAAUCCAACUAGCCCUUCUGUUUACCAGCAAGACUUCAGUAACCAAAAACUCCUGAUAACCAAUAUGCCAAACAAGAGUUCUCCUAGGGCAGGAGGUAAUUAUCAUGGUGGAAAUAUGCUAAGCCAUCAGUCAAGCAACAUAAAUCAGAAUUCUGCAUCUAAUCAAAACUCUGUGCUAGAUUAUGGGAAUACAAAACCUCUUUCACAUUACAAAGAAUGUGGGCAAGGAAUCACAGUAUCCGGACAAAACAAGUCUUCUAUGUUAGCAUAUCUUCAGCAACAUCAGCAGUCUACGCUGCCUCAUAUGAGCGAUGAGCAGAGUGGGAUAUUUGUAAUGAAGAAGACUGGAAAUAUUGCUUAUAGGCCUUUAGUACCACACAAUCAGGAUCAAAAUCAUUCUGCUGGUGUUCCUCGCAUUCCUGUUUCUGUUCCUGUCACUGGUGUAAAUGCACAGCCUCCCAAUGUUUCCAUGGCAGGUAACCAUGGCAAUGCAGUUUAUCUCAACAGUCAGCAGCAAGCAGCUGUAAUGAAGCAGCACCAGAUGCUACUAGAUCAUAAGCAGCAACAAAAGCAGUUGUUAAUAGAACAACAUAAACAGUUUCUAAUGGGACAGAGGCAACUUCUUGCUGAACAGGAGAAACAAAGGCAUCAUCAGGAGCAACAACUCCAAAGGCAUUUGACACGACCACCUCCUCAGUACCAAGAUCAGACACAAAACGCAUAUCAACAACAAGUUGGCCAGUUCCCAGGCUCAUCUCCAUCAAUGACAGGGGUAAAUAAUUUAGGCCAGUCCAACUCCAGCAGUCCACGAAUGUUUUCUCAGAAUCAGAACAUGAUUCAGAUUGGACCAGGACACAAUUCUGUCUCAUCAAUCAGCAAUCAGCAAGAUCGAGCAGUUAAUCAAUAUACUGGUCUGCAGACUAUUCAGCGAGGUAAUUUAUACAGCAUGGCAUCUGGUAUGACCCAGAUGGUUCAACAACAUGCAAAUCCAACUGCCAAUGGUCAGGCACAGAUGCCAAGACAACCCGGUUUGGCUCAGGGCACUGCUCUUCCUGCUGGAUAUGGACAGAACACGCUAGGAAAUCCAGGCAUUUCUCACCAACAUAAUAAAGGAGCGCUAAACGCUACAUUAUCCAAGCCUCAGAUGGCAAGAAUGCCAGCAAUUGGGGCCCAAAAUUCAUCCUGGCAGCAUCAAGGUAUAUCAAAUAUGAACAAUCAGGCUCAACGAAAUAAUAGUUUAGCAAUGUUUACUGCCAGCUCCACGUUCCAUAUGCAGCAGAAGUUGCCCAGUCAGCAGUUUGCCCAAGGAAUGCCUCAGGUAAGUCUCAACACCAGCAGGACAAUAGCACCCAUGAAUUCAGCCGUCUCUGGACAGAUACUGUCACCGUUAGGGGCCCAGCAGCGGACAAACCCUCCUACUCAACAGCCAGUCCAGUCACAACAGGUCUUGUCAGGCAUGAAUCAAACUGUCCCAGAUCUGACUUUCAGCCAGAAUCAGAAUCAGCAGCUGUCCAGCAGAACCAGUCUACACUGUACUCAAGGUUAUCCUGUGAGGACAGCUAAUCAGGAAUUGCCUUUUGCCUACAGUAACCCAUCUGGAGGUAAUGGACUACAGAACUUAACUGGGGAUACAGACCUCAUAGACACUUUAUUGAAAAACAGGACUUCAGAAGAGUGGAUGAAUGAUUUGGAUGAGUUGUUAGGGAAUCACUGAAAUGAGAUUUGUUUGUUUGUUUUCUUCCCUGAGUCAUUUUUUUUAAAUUACAAAUUAACUUUGGACCAAAUACCUGUGCCAUUGAAAACUCACAGGCUCUAGUGGGAAUGUAUUGGAGUUGCUUCUUUCUGGGUCUAAGAACAUGAAAAAAGAUGCACCAGCUUUCUAGGAAAAAAUGUCAUUUCUGUAGUGUGUCUGGAACACAACAUAUGCAAACAGUUUGGUGCGUACCCCAAACAGCCCAGCAAAAAAUGUAACUUUUCCCAGUGUUUUACAUUUGAAGACUUAAAUGUGAACCCGUGCAGUUGCAGUGCAGAAAGUAAGCCAGCAAGAGAUAGGCUUUAAAUAUUCAGUGUUAAGGCAUUCUUUCCUACAGAUAGUGCUAGAUAGACUUCUUUAUCUUAAUUUGGAUCUCUAAAUAGUAAAAAGUGCCACCUUUAUUUUCAAGGAAAGGUUGUGUAUAGACCUUGUUCUUUUUGGAAUCCUCCUUAGUUUAGGGAAGAUAAUGUUCUAAUCAAUGUGUGCCAACAUUCUUAGCAAACCAGAUACAAGAAUUCACAAUAACUGAUAAUGGGUUUACUUACUGGAGAUCCUUAAAUAUUACGACAUUUCCAGCAGCAGGUUGCUGUAGAUCUAAACUGGGGAACUGGUCUUAAUUGGCUUAUGGCUUACUGAACAAAGCAAUUUGCACUCUGCUAUUGGUGGGGAGGGGGGUUCUUUUUCUUUUUUUAGUUAUUUUUUUUAAUUGGAGAAAGACUUAAAAUCAAGUGUGUGCACUUUUUUCUAUCUCCUUUCCUGCAUUCAUUAAAGUUGGACUGAUCACACCUCAUUUUUCUGUUUGAUUCAGAGGGCAUUUAUACUUAGCAGUGUUUUUGUUUCCAUGUGCAUACUGUACUAUGUGGAUAGGAUGAUCUAGUCUUUGUCAAGCAGGUGAAACAAGUCUUAUGCCUUGGGAGUUAUGGACUGAAAAUUUUGCAAUAAUGGCACAGGAAGAUGGGGGCACACUAUACUUCUUUUAAAAAUUUAAAACUUGUGAGACCCUUUGGGGGAAAUGGUGAUUGAAGCUUUUUAGAAAUAUAAAGAUUAAUCUCCAAUGAAAUAAAUGCUGCUAAUUCAUCAUGUUCCAUGGAGAUACUUUCCUGGAUGUGUAAAAUUAGUUCCUUAUAUGGCAAGGAAAAGAGAAUUAUUUUUUAAUGUGUUACCAAAAAGAAUUUCUGCUUGCCAACAAACCACCUUUUGCCUUAACCUUUAGUUAUAAAGGUAAUCAAUUUGAAAGUUGUUUUAGAUACCUCUCUAUUCCUACUCGGGGUUUUGUUUUGUUCUUUAAUGAACAGGGCUACUUACCUCCUGUUAUAAGGGAUCUUAAUUUACUUCAUAACAUUUGCAACUGAGAAUCAUAGAAUUUCCUUUGCCUCAGAUACGUUCAGGAAAGUUUAUAGAGAAUCUGGGAUAUUUUGGACGGGGGAACAGUGAGAUUAAAAAAGAUGAACAAUAGGAAAUUAUUUUACUGUAUCUGCAGUGUUCCUCUCAAAUGUGCACUUUGGAAAACAAUCUGCUUUAACACUACUUUUAAUUUAAUUUUCCCGUUCGUUUCAUUGUAUAUGGUUGCCAUCCAUGAUCAAGAUUAGUAUGCCUUGCUAAAGAGAUGUUUGUGUUUUGGGGGAUAAUUGAUGGGGGGUAAUGGUGAAAACUGCAUGUUAAUGAAUGGUUCCACUACUGAUAUGUCCAAACUGAAGCAAGUUGCAUUGAGUGUAUAUUUUUAAAAUGUCAUUUUAUAAUAAGAGUUGCUUAAUUUAAUAAUUAAAGUAUAGGUGUCACUAUAUUGUAAGUAAAUUAGAUUAGAGUUAAAUUUACUAAUUUUUUCCAUAAAUCAGCAAUUGAGUUACAUUUUUCAGUGAAUUCAAUUCAAAGAUUUGAUCCAAAAUGAAUGUUAGCUGGAAAACAUUGUAAUCUUUGUAGCUGCUUUUUUGACCAUGGAAAAAUUAUUGGGGUCUGGGAAAAAGAGAUUUGAAAUGGAGAUAUAUUUGUUAUAUGUUUUGGUAAUCUUGCACCAGUGUGCCUUCCUUUUGUUUGUGGAGGUACUUGGGACCUCAUAUUUCGUAAUUAUUUGAGUUCUUCUUAUUUCUUCUUUAGGUGCAGAAAAAAGUUUUAUAACAUUCUAGCUUAAUUUAUCAGAGAAAAUCUUGGUGAGAAGAAAAUGGAAUGGACAUUUUGUGUUUCAAGUGCUAAAGGCAGAUACCUCCGGUCUGUCUUUGUUUCGUUACAUAGGGUUUUAUCAGCUGUAGCACACACAACUAUGUAUAAGCCUCCUAUUGGUUUUUAGGUAUCCUGGAUUACAACUCCCAUCGUUCCACACACAGUAGUCCUGCUGCUGGACUGAUGGAAAAUUGUAAUCUAUAACAUUUCAAGAGUGACAAAUGCCUUCUGGUGAAAUAAAUCAACUGGAAGUAAUUUUGGAUUGACUCUGCUCUUUCAAAAUUUAAAAAGAAUUUUUAAAAAUUCUUAAAAUGUAAGUCACGUUAUAUCUUCAACUUGAUUUCAGUUUGUUGUUGCUUUCAGUUGAUAUGUAACUGUUUUCAGAUUUGAACAUGUAGCAUAAUGUUAAAGAGGUAAAAAGUCCCGUGCAGUGAUGCUUGAACAUGGAAGCUAUCUGGGACUAAGUGCAGGGCACUCCCCAUCAGUCACUAGUAGCAGUUCAUAAAUGAAUAUCUGCACUUGUGCUUUCUAUUUGCUGCAGCUUCAGAGCAAUAAGACGCCCCCGCCCCCCUCAAUUUGCCUGGUCUGUUGCCUCAGUUUUAUUUAUAGGCUGCAGUCCUGGGCUGGUGAAAAGGUGUGAAAAAAACCAUACCUGUCCAAGAUUCCCACCCACCCCCACCUUCCUAAACCCCCGCAAAAUGGAAAGGGUGCUCAGUUUUUCUAUUCUACACAUUUUCUUUGUGUAAAUAAAUGUUUACAGUUUUAUAUUAAAGACUGAAUAAGAGUUAGAUCUUCUGAGUGUAUAUUUUUUACUUUUUAUAGAUUUUAAAACUAUAAUUCUUUAUAUAUAUGUUGGGGGCGGUUAUACAUUUUACAUUUGUUUAAAUGGUGAACAGUUCAGAUUUGAUGCUAACCCUUUUUUUUUUUUUUGACAUUGAGAUGUAUAAAGAGUCCAUUAAUCCUAUUUUUUUUCUUUAACUGCAAUUAUU